AUGUCGUCCAAUGCGGGAAACAACCAGGCUCCCUCUAAAGUAAAUAUAUCAAAUACCUCGGCCGCUCCGGCGACAUUUCACUCGACAGCCCCGACCGACAACAGCUUCCAACGACGCGCAGGGGGCUCUGGGAGUCUUGGUGCAGGUCUAUCUACAAGAAGCCUGGCUGCACCAAGGAAUAACCAGGCCCUGAAGAGUCAGCAUAAGCGACAGAGGAAACCCCGAUUGUUGGAUGAUAACGAGUACAGUGAAUCGGCCGUGAUGAGAUCAACAAAUAGUCGCAAGGGACAGACGUCCAUCACCCAUUUGAUGAACUUUUCGUUGCCACCCCGUCCGCAAUAUCAGCCGCCGCCGCGCAAUACUAGGAGAUACACAUCUUGGGGAGCGGGAUCUGGAUAUCACGCGGUGGAUAAAGCGCGCUACGUUCAUGCCAAUUAUCGAUUCAUUGUCUCGCCGAACCAAAAUUACCAUGCCCAAGCCGCCAAUGCCGACGUCCAUCUGGACUGGGCUUCAGUACUUCAGGUACUGGUCUCCGCUCAAACUCAGGCUGCUAGUUGUCCCAUUUGCCUGUCUACACCAGUCGCUCCACGAAUGGCUCGAUGCGGCCAUAUUUUUUGCCUGCCCUGUCUCAUUCGGUACAUGCAUUCGUCGGAUGACGAUAACCACCAUGUCCCAGAGAAAAAACCUCGAUGGAAGAAAUGUCCAAUUUGCUGGGACUCGAUUUACGCCUCUGAGGCUCGCCCCGUUCGAUGGUUCCGCGGUCAAGAGGGUGAUCUCCCCGUUGAAGGUGGGGAUGUUGUUUUGAGGCUAGUCAAGCGAGAGCCUGGCAGUACUCUUGCUCUUCCCCGGGACGGUGCCGAGACCCUCAAUGCCGGGGACGAUAUUCCAUGGUUCCAUGUCGCGGAGGUAGCUGAUUACUCUCGAAUCAUGAAGGGAGGGCAAGACUACAUGAUAUCUCAGUACGAGGCCGAGAUUGAGGACCUUCGCAGACAGGAAAUUGAAGAUCAGCUUUUGUUUGGCGAUGAGAAUACCUGGACACGGAAGGCGAUCAGCGCUAUCAAUGAGGCUAAAGAAAAGGUACAGGGGAUUGGCAAUCCACCCGACAUCUCUCGUCAGCCUGCUGCAAAUAAGCCGAUCAGAGACCCAGCAAUGGAGCCCGAUGCCUCUGCAUCUUUUUCCUCUGAAAAUAUGGAUCUAUCUGGUAACGGAUCCUCCGCUCCAUCAGCUGCUGCUUCUGGCACGGACAUCACACAACCUUCCACAGACGCAGUAUCAGCCCCAAAUACUUCAGAUGAAGCGGAACAUCUAUCAGAGGCCGUGGGCAACAUUCAGCUCAACCCAAAGUCUCCGGUCAAAUCAAAGCAAAAGAGCAGGGGCAAGGACCCUCAGGUUUCACAGCCGUCUGAUCAACCAUAUUACUUUUACCAGGCACUGCCCCAGUUCUAUCUGUCUCCUCUUGACAUUCGCAUUCUCAAGGCAGCUUUUGGCGAUUAUGCUUAUUUCCCCGCUACCAUUCUGCCCCGGGUAGAGCACAUUUCCACUGGCCACAUGGUUGAUGAUGAGCUUCGCAAGCGUGUCAAAUACUUGGGCCACCUGCCUUACGGAUGUGAGGUCAACUUCCUUGAAUGUGACUGGAGGGAUGUCGUCGUGCCGGAAGUUUUGAACCGUUUCCGCUCCGAGACGGAGAAGAGACGCAAACGUAACCGAGAUAAAGAAGCUCGCGAAGAGAAAGAUCGCAUCCGCGCGGAGAAAAAGGAGGACGAGGAGCGGUGGGCUGCUGCACGACGCAAGCGACCAAGCUUUGGCAGUGCGAGCGAAGCGGCAUUCUCUGCUCAUGACUUUCAACCGCUAGCUGACAAUGCCGAGUCGGCCCAAUUUGACAGCGGCGUGUCUUCUGCCUCGCCUCCUCGCGCGGCUUCUCAAUUUGGGGCAUUGGAAUCCCCUUCGAGCAGCCCACCGGGCGCUCGCACCGUCUGGGGAACCACCGCGAUACCAUCGCUGUCUCCGACUUUGGAGGUUCAAAGUACAGCACGCAAUGACGGCUGGUUACAGGGCUGGGAAGAGGAGCUCCUGGCCCGGCAGGAGUCUGAAAUCAUUGCCCAGACUAUUCAUGAAAGCCAGCAUCCGGAACCUUCAGCUUCUCAAAGUAGUAGCGGUGGCGGGGGAGCUGGCGGUAAGAAGAAAAAGAAGAACAAGAUCACCUUGAUGUCGACCAACAGCCAUAGAGGAGCAUAG